AUGGCAGAGAAUGAAAGUAUCGCGCUCGCGCAGAGGGCGUGCGGAGAAAGCGGUCCGCGCAUAGAGACAAGUGCGCGCGGAGCUCGUAGGAUUGGUAGUGAGGACGCGGAAUCAUCACGGUGUGGCGCGGAGGGGCACGAGGCCCUGGAAACUUCCUCGAAAGUGAAUGUUGAGAAUCGGGUGGAUGAGGAUAGUCGCGAGGAGAAACGCGCGGGGGAGGGUAACGAGGGCGAUGAAGCAGAUGAUGAUUACUUGGUGCUGAGCGAGGUCCACGUGGCAUGCCCCUCGCACCACGUCAGCACAGUCAGCACCUUCGCCUUCCGCCUGCCCCCUGCCGUGGCGGCAGCGGGAUGGGCGCUACGCGGGGAAGCGGAGAAUGCGGAGGGGUGGGAGGGGUCGGAAGACGCGGAGUGGGGUGGCGCGGCGGAAAGCGGUGAGGGCAUAGCGGGGGAGCAGGAGAGCCGGGGGGCCGCGGAAGGGAAGCGAGUGGCGGUGGAUUCGGACGGUGAUCUGCUGGUGGCGCGGCGCAAGCGGCGGCGCAUAGGCAGUGGUGGGGGAGGCGCAGGCGGUGGCGGCAGUGAUGGCGCUGGUGGCCAGCAGAGAGGCCCUGUUGCGCAGCUGCCAGCAGCAGGAGUGCCACGUGGCAGGGCAGUGCAGGCGGGUGCAGGGGCGGACGAAAACGAGGAUGGGGAGGGGAGCGCCCCUCUGCUCUCGCCCCCUGCCCUCCACCCCCUGCUGUGCCUCACACCUCCUCUCUGCUCGCCUCCCCCAUCAGCCCAUACCACGCUCUCACCCCUCGUCCGCCUGCAACCCCCACUCUUCCCCCCCCAGGUGUGGAGGGCAUCACUGCUGCUGGCGGACGUCAUGGUGGCCAACCACCGCCUGCUGGGGGGCGCCACUGUGCUCGAGCUGGGGGCGGGCGCAGGUACACCUGGGGGCGGGCGCAGGUACACCUGGGGGCGGGCGCAGGUACACCUGGGCGGGCGCAGGUACACCUGGGGGCGUGUGGCGCUCUGGGCACAGGGCUGGCGGGCAUCACAGCGGCACACUUCGCCACCCGUGUCAUCCUCACAGGUACCACCUCCCCUCACUUCACUCUCCUCUCUCUCUCCCUCCUGCCGCCGCUCCUUUGACUCUGCGUCUGCUCACCCUUCAUCCCUCGCAUGCCCUCACACAUCUCUCUCUCACCGUCUUCCCUGCCUCUGCUCCCUGCACUGCUUCCCUGCACCCGCACUGCCAUGGCCCUGCGCUUCACCAGACACAGGCGAAGGCGUGCUGCGCAAUUGCGCUGCCAACGCCAUCGAUGCCGCCAUGGCAGCCAGUGCAGCCAGUGCAACUGGCGCCACGGCUGGCCAAUCAGCAACCAGCUCUGGCUGCAGCAGUGCACCGGGCAGGGCGGCAGGCGCACAGGCGGGAAUGGGUGGCGCAGUGGACGAGUUUAAUGGGAUAGACCCGUUUGGGUGGACCGAGGAGGAAGUGGGUGACGCCAGCAACGCCACCGUGCUGCUGGCUGCUGACGUCAUCUACAGUGAUGACAUCACGCGUGCCUUCUUCGGCACCCUUCGCUCCCUCCUGCGCUGCGGCCCUCCCAAGCUCCUACUGCUGGCGUUGGAGAAGCGCUUCAACUUCUCCCUCUCCCACCUCGCCCCUGUUGCCAACGGCUACGCCGUCUUCCGCUCCCACUUCGCCGCCCAAAACGGUGCUCCCAGCUGCUACAGUGGCGGCCACUGUAGCAGCGCGCAGCAGGCAGCACAGGCAGGAGAGGCCAGCUGCAGACUGGCCGAGCAGACAGGUGGUGGGCGGGGGACGAGGGUAGAUGGGUGGCAGACGGUCGUGGAUGGGCGGCAGAGAGAGGGGGAUGGGGACAGGGAAGGGGAGGAGGAGGGGGAAGAGGAGGAGCUGUUGGGGUGGCGCAUAGACGUGGGGCAGGUACCGCAGCACGUGGUGGGGUGGGAGAGGGGGAGCGACAUGGAGCUCUGGGUCAUUGGCAACCAGCGGUCACUGCCGCUGGUGUGUGAGUGGAUAGAGAGGGGCGUUGGUCUGUCUUUCUGCCAAGGGGGAGAAGAGCAGUGCUCCCCUCCUGAAGCCUUACAAGCAAAUCCCUGA